GAUCAUUUUUUUGAGGUUAUCUCUUUGAGGUUAGGUUAAAAAAUGAGCGAAUUAAAUGAAAAUAAGGAAGAAAUACAAGAAAAUGACGUUAUUUCGUUACCCCAAAAACGGUAUUAUCGGCAACGAGCUCAUUCAAAUCCAAUCGCAGAUCAUUGUAUAGACUACCCUUUAACACCGGAUCAUAUGGAAUGGGAGAAACUUUAUCCUAAAUAUUCAAAGGACACCAAUGUUGUUAAAUUUGCUGAUGUUGGAUGUGGUUAUGGAGGUUUAUUGCUUGCCCUAUCAAAGAUGUAUCCAGAAACAUUAUCGUUGGGGAUGGAAAUAAGAGUCAAAGUUUCUGAUUAUGUUAUGGAUAGAAUUAAAGCGUUAAGGUCUCAAUUUAGAGAUGAAUAUGAAAAUAUCGCUUGUCUUAGGACGAAUGCUAUGAAAUACUUGGUUAAUUAUUUUAAUAAAGCACAGUUGACUAAAAUUUUUUUCUUAUAUCCAGAUCCUCAUUUUAAAAAAGCUAAACAUAAAUGGAGAAUUAUUAGCAAACAACUUUUAGAUGUUUAUGCUUACGUUUUAGCUAUUGAUGGAUUAAUUUAUACAGUUACGGAUGUUAAAGAAUUACAUGAAUGGAUUGUAAAACAUUUUGAAGAGCAUCCUUUGUUUUUAAGGGUUGAAAAGUGUGAUUUGGAAAAUGAUCCGAUUGUUGAUAAACUUUUUGAUACCACCGAAGAGGGCCAAAAAGUAACAAGGAAUAACGGAGAUAAAUUUUUGGCUGUUUUCAGGAGAAGAGUGGAUUCAUAAAAAAGAAUUUUAAUAAAUAUAAGUAUAAAAAAAUCUUAAUUAUUUGGUAAA